UGGGACGGCUGGAAAUUGGAGAUGCGGAGAUCGUGCGAGCUUGAAAGAGGCGAGCUGACAGAGAUCGCCCUGGCAAAGGAACGCGACGGGAGCAGCUUGCGAACUAAAUAUCGGGCCGGGGCAACUGGUGAGCGUGUGAUUCUCUUUCAGAUGAAUGAAUCAUUGAUUCUCUUUCAGACCCCGCAAGCGUGUGUGAUGGACGCCCACAACUGGAAGCCCACAGCGGUAAGCAAGGACGGGUUGCCUCCGGAUCCAAAUCGUUGAUUGUUGAUUGUCCGGCUCGGAGGCCGUCAGGAGUCCGGCAGCAGUUGACAGGGAGGGUUAGGGAGAGAAGAAGGAACUGUCCAAGCCCUCAACAGUGGUAGGACACCAGCUCAGUGAUUCGUCAUUCGGGUGGACCAUCGUCAUGUUUGUACUUGGCAUACCGGUUGUGCCAGCAGCAGCAAGAACACGCCACCACACAGGCACCCACCCAGGUAUUGAAUGAAUGAAUGCCUAGCACCAAGAUCUUUCGAUGGGUUGCGUCAUGAUGCAGAUCCGACGCUGGGAGCCGGCAGAAGCUCUAG